AUGAAUAAUUAGAACGAGACCUAUUUGAGUAGCCAAAAAUCAAUUUAUUGGCCAGGAUAAAUUAUUGAAAAAGAUUUUGUGGGCUAUAACAAAAGUAUGGAUAGAAUGGAGAAAAUAAAAAUUCAAAUCAUGAUUACCCUAGAUUAAUAAAUUAUCUAUUCAUAAAAUGAAGAUAUUUUGAGAGUGUACAUUUCAUUUUUAAAUUAAAAAUAAUAGAGUAGAAUUACAUGAUGUCCUUGAUAAACCAGAAAUUUUUAAUAAUAUGGAAUAAAUCCAAAGUCUUUCAUGGUAAGGUUAGUACGGUUAAAACAGAAAGAAAGAUGGUAAAUGGAUUGCUUUUUGGAAUAAAGAACUUCUAAAGAAUGUUGGCGGAUACUAUAAAGAAGGGUAAAAGUAAGGAUUAUGGAAAGAUCUAUUCCUAAACUAUAUGAGGUGAAAUAUUAAUAUUUAACA